AUGUCGGGGAGUGUGUGGAUUGCGAAACUGGAAAAGAGCGACCCCGGAUUCAGGGCGAAUCGCUGGGUAACCUUCAAGCGACUUAUCCAUUCCAGAUCAUCGCUAUGGAUCAUAUCCCCUGACUGCCCAGCUCCUAUAAAGGUAACACUGAACUAUCUCUUCUCCCGAUAUGUGAUUGCCAAAGCGAGCGGAUCUAGGACGGCUCAAUCUGUGGCAGAAUCCUACGAGGAAUGUGUGUUCUGCCGAUUUUGUGCCAGCGAGAUAAUCCGCCAUGAUCGUGAACCCGGGUUUAUGCCCGAUUUCUUUUGCGCGUUUAGUAAGAUCCUGGAUCAGCGUCAACGAUGGCGUAUAGAUCUUAGGCGAACGGAUCCGCGAAAGGAUGGAACGGACUACCACAAUAGAACUUAA